UUUCCUAUCAUUCCGUCAAAGAUAUGUCACUUUUGUCAGUGCGUCCGUGGAAGUGGAAGUAUAUUUUCAGGGUUGUUUAUAAGGUGGAUAGUGACGAAAAAAAGUGCGAAAAUGUUUAGCUGGCUAUCCAAGGACAAUAACAAACAAGAAAUAUAUCAAAAUGUGGUCGAGGGCCUCAAGCAGAUUUACAAACACAAACUCCUACCUCUGGAGGAACAUUAUCAAUUCCAUGACUUUCAUUCCCCCAAGCUGGAAGACUCCGAUUUUGACGCAAAUCCCAUGAUAUUACUGGUUGGGCAAUACUCCACUGGCAAGACAACUUUCAUAAAAUAUUUGCUGGAAAGGGAGUUUCCGGGUAUUCGAAUUGGACCAGAGCCUACGACAGAUAGAUUCAUCGCAGUGAUGUAUGAUGAGAAAGAAGGUAUGAUACCUGGUAAUGCUCUUGUUGUAGAUCCAAAAAGGCAAUUUAGACCUCUGUCAAAAUUUGGUAACGCUUUUUUAAAUCGUCUGCAAUGUUCCUUAGUGAACUCUCCAGUAUUACAGAAUAUUUCGAUUAUAGACACCCCUGGUAUUUUAUCCGGUGAAAAACAAAGGGUUGAUAGAGGUUAUGACUUUACUGGGGUUUUAGAAUGGUUCGCCGAGAGGGUUGAUAGAAUAAUUUUGUUGUUCGAUGCCCAUAAACUGGAUAUUUCGGAUGAAUUCCGAAGGUCAAUCGAAGCUUUACGAGGGCACGAUGAUAAGAUUCGCAUUGUUCUUAAUAAAGCCGAUAUGAUAGACCACCAACAACUUAUGAGAGUUUACGGGGCUCUUAUGUGGUCGCUAGGUAAAGUGUUGCAAACUCCAGAAGUUGCUCGAGUGUACAUUGGUUCCUUCUGGGACCAACCUUUGCGCUACGAUGUUAACCGAAGACUUUUUGAAGACGAGGAACAAGACUUAUUCAAAGACUUACAGUCUUUGCCUAGAAAUGCCGCACUGAGAAAGCUUAAUGAUUUAAUAAAAAGAGCGAGGUUAGCAAAAGUACAUGCUUACAUAAUAGCUGAAUUAAGGAAAGAGAUGCCAUCUGUAUUUGGAAAAGAUUCCAAAAAGAAGGAAUUGAUUAAGAAUCUUGGACAUAUUUAUGACAAGCUUCAAAGGGAACAUCAGAUUUCUCCCGGGGAUUUUCCUGAGAUUAAGAAAAUGCAAGAGGUUUUGGCUAAUCUGGACUUCAGCAAAUUUAAUCCUCUGAAGCCAAAAUUGUUAGAUAUUGUCGAUCGAAUGUUAGCUGAUGAUAUUUCUAUUUUAAUGGCUAAAAUUCCAAUGGAAGACAGGGCCACGAAUAACGGAGACGUACAGGGAGGUGCAUUUACUAACGUCGAAGACACUGUUUCACCGUUCGGUUACAAGAGGGGUGAAGGUAUCGAUGCAGGCGCAGGGGAACUAGAUUGGAUAGUUAGUAGAGAAAAACCAAAGUAUGAUGACAUCUUCAAAAGUCUAAAUCCUACCGAUGGCAAAGUCACUGGAAUGGGCCUGAUAACAGAGACACAAGCAAAUGGCAGUAACAUGACUGCCAAGUCGGAGAUGGUGAAGUCCAAACUUCCGAACUCAGUUCUGAGUAAAGUAUGGAAACUGGCAGAUGUCGAUAAAGAUGGUAUGUUAGACGAGGAUGAAUUCGCCCUAGCCAUGCAUUUGAUCAAUAUUAAAAUCGAUGGUAACGACUUACCAUCAGAACUACCAUCACAUUUAGUGCCACCAUCAAAGCGUUGAUUAUUUUAUUAUAUUUACCAUCCACAAGUGCUAUUUAUUAUUAGAUUUGUGCCUGUUAUGUCAACUAUGUACAAACACAUUUUACUGCUUAUUUUAGUCGGUCUCAAAAAAUUCUACUGCCGAGUUUAUCGCCAUAUAAAAGUCAAAAUAUCUUUAGCCGCCGCGACACUGGGAAUUACUUUCUGCAACAGUAUUAACAGGUAACAAGUAGUUGUCGAAUUUUUUCAUAUUCACAUCUCAUCGCUUUAGUUGAGUUUAUAUUUUUUUCAGGAAUUUAUGUUACGUUACUUUAUUUAUAUAAAUUAUUGUAUGGUUAACGUGGUGGAAAACACAAACAGUUUCAUUUGUGAUCCUACUACUUCCCUUCCAAUACCAAAAAUUUUAUUUUUGCAAUAUUAGAUUUAGAGGUAAUUUAAGAUAUGACCAUUUUUAAGUAAUAUCCACGGCUAACUACUAUUUAAUAUUAAAAAAUGUGAUAAAUAAAAAUCGUACUAUGUAUAUUUGUAUUAUAACAUUGUAGAUAAAUAAUUUUGGUAUAAUAAUUGGCUUUUGGGUCGAAACCCUGCAAACUGCCCUAAUACAGUGAAUUUAAAUUAUUCAAAAGUCUUAAUAUAUUUUUUAUAUUUUAUUUCAGUGGACUGUAUUUAGUUACUAGGCACUUGUAGGAAAUAAUUAAAUAGAUUUGUUAUUACAUAUUAUAUAUAUAUUAUUCGUUCUCUCGUUCCAUAUUGCCCAUGUUCUUUGGAUUUUUUAAAUGUUUCUUUCAUAUUUAAUAAAACUUUGUAACUUA